AUGUCGUACUCCUGGAUCGGCGCGCCAACGCCGUUCAAUGGCACAAAUCCAGAUCUCGGUGGUGAUUCGAACACCGAAAACUUGAACCAAUGGUUCAGCCCUGGUGACCAGGCCUACAUCAUCGUGGCUUCCGCCAUGGUGUUGGUCAUGGUACCCGGUCUCGCCUUCCUCUACUCCGGUCUUGCACGAAGAAAGUCAGCGUUGAGCAUGAUUUUCGCCUGUUUAGGAUCUUCCUCGAUCAUCACAUUUCAAUGGUACUUCUGGGGAUACUCAUUGGCUUUCAGCCAAUAUGCGACGAACGGUUUCAUCGGAGACUUGAAGAAGUUUGGUCUCAUGAACACACUGGCCAUGCCAAGUCCUGGAAGCGCCCUCAUCCCGGAUCUUCUCUACGCCUUUUACCAGAUGCAGUUCUGCGCAGUCACUGCUGCCAUUGUCAUGGGCGCCGUUGCUGAGCGUGGACGCCUGAUGCCUGCGCUCGUGUGGAUCUUCUUCUGGGCAACGCUCGUCUACUGCCCCAUCGCAUGCUGGGUAUGGAACGUCAACGGCUGGGCAUUCAAAUGGGGUGUCCUUGACUACGCUGGUGGAGGUCCCGUCGAGAUCGGCUCCGGUCUCUCUGCUCUCGCCUACUCGAUGGUCCUCGGUCGACGACAAGAGAAGAUGAUGCUGAACUUUCGCCCACACAACGUGUCGCUCAUCACUCUGGGCACUGUCCUGCUCUGGUUCGGAUGGUUGGGCUUCAACGGUGGAUCUGCUUUCGGUGCCAACCUCCGUGCUGUCAUGGCCUGCUGGAACUCCAACAUCACCGCCAUGUUUGCCGCCAUCACUUGGGUUCUCCUCGAUUGGCGUCUUGCCCGCAAGUGGUCGAUGGUCGGCUGGUGUUCCGGAACGAUCUCUGGUCUCGUUGCUGCUACCCCAGCAUCUGGUUUCAUCACCCCAUGGGCGUCCGUUGCCCUCGGCAUCGCCACCGGUGUCAUUGCCAACUUUAGCACAAAGAUCAAGUACUGGAUCAAGAUUGACGACUCGAUGGAUGUGUUCGCUGAGCACGGUGUCGCUGGUAUCGUCGGUCUUCUCUUCAACGCUGUCUUCGCUGCACCAUACAUCAUCGGUCUCGACGGCGUUAACACUGGUGCUUUCGAGGGCGGCUGGAUCAACCACAACUGGAAGCAGAUGUACAUGCAGAUUGCCUACAUCGCCGCGUGCAGCGCAUAUGCAUUCGUCAUGAGCGCCAUUCUCGCAUACGCCGUCAACUACAUUCCAGGCCUUAAGCUCCGUGCUUCGGAAGAAGCGGAGCUUCUCGGCAUGGAUGACGACCAGCUCGGCGAGUUCGCAUACGACUACGUUGAGGUUCGUCGUGACUACCUGGCCUGGACACCCGCCAGCAACGACCCAGCAGCCGAUGAGGCCGCCAUCCCACAAGGCGACCGACACGGCAUCCAAGCACACAGCGAAAUGCUCGAGGGCAAGGACCCGGCUGGCAGCGAAGGCAGCAGUGACGGCCACGCACACACUGGCAUCGGCGGCGACAGGCACGGUGUUGCAUACGAAGAGAUGGAGAAGUCGAGGAGGGAGAAAGAAAAGGGCGGUCACUAA